AUGAUCACAACAAUUGUCAAAGGAAGCAUGGACAUCACCAAGCUGCUCGCAGGGGAAGGCAGGAGCACAAGCACCAUCACGCAGUACUUAUCGCUGCUGCAGCGUCUGCACAAGCGGAGAGGGCAACACGAGGGGCUGCUCCAGAGAUAUCACGCAUUGUUUGUUGAAGCCAUCCACGAUCUUGCCGAAGAGAGAAAAACAGAACAGGAGGUGAUGAAGACAGCGGUUGGAAAAGCCGAGAUCGAGCGGAUGAAAAAGUGCCUUGCAAAGGAGAUCAAAGAAAAGCUGUAUCCGAAAGGGGCCGGCAACCUCAGUGACUUAGAGAAGGGCCUUUUACUUCAGAGCCUUAUGCUGAGCCUCUACUCUGCCAUCAAACCGUUACAUUCCGAUCUUUGUCAUGUGAAGGUCGUUCGGCUUGGUGAAACGCGCACAGACAGAUUGGUGGACAGCAUUGUUGAGACGUGCAUCAACAAGUUCACCUUUCACAGGGCCUGCAAGAAGCAAACGGGGGAAGAGACAAGGUUUGAGCUAGUACCGCGUGCGCUCAACAACCAGAUUGCAGACUCCCUCCGCCUGUUCCCCCGCAAGUACGUGCUGUCCAAUUCAACAGGCGACGAAGGCAUGCCCUCAAAGGCCCUGAAACGAGCCUUCUCGACGAUUUUCUUCAAAGAUGGGACGGUCCUUGACAAUUCGUCCCUUGUGCGCCUCUUCAACAGCGUCAGCGGGGCUUAA